UUCAUGUUUAGAAACGUAAACAUAAAACUUGGUUUUGUUUGUGCAUGUUGUUUUUUGUUGCUAUUUACAUGUAUACUUAUUUAUAAAAACAUAUAAAAACACAAAUAUAUAUAUAUAUAUAUAUUACAUUAAUAUAUAACAAGACAACCAUCGUCAUCCUUUCCCUUCAUCUUUCAUCAUGAACUUUCAAAUGGAUCCCAACUGCAUCAGUAAUAGUAGUUCAAAUAACAAUGUGAAUAACAAUGGUGACAAUAAUAAAAGUGAUAAUUGUGUGGCUACUGAUUGUAGUAGCAGCCUGAGUGCAUUACCCUUUAUACCCUCCCUGGGAUCAGAGUUAUUUUACUCACAUUCACCGGCUGGAUUUGAUUUUCCAGGUGGAAUUGAGGCUUGGAGGUCGUCCAGUUUUCGGACUCGACCUCAAAUGUAUUGUGAUUAUGCAAUGUUUCGAGGGAUUGACUUUAACGGGUCGCGCCGUAAAAAUGCUACACGUGAAACAACCUCAACACUUAAGGCUUGGUUAAAUGAGCACAGGAAAAAUCCAUAUCCAACUAAAGCGGAGAAAAUAAUGUUGGCCAUUAUGACUCAAAUGACGCUAACCCAAGUGUCUACAUGGUUUGCUAAUGCAAGACGGAGACUUAAAAAAGAAAACAAAAUGACCUGGUCACCCAGGAAUAGGUGUGAUGAAGAUGAAAUCAUUGAAACACCGUUCAGUUCGAAUCAUAGGUCAACAACAUCAUCAUCACCUUCAUCAGCUUUAUCUUCAUCUUCACCGCCUUCAUCAGCCAAUAACUCUACUCUUAAUCAACCUCAUCCCAUCAUUCCCAAUCCCAUUCAAAAGCCAAAGAUCUGGUCCAUAGUGGACACAGCAACUUCAGACUCAGUCUGAUUCAUUUUCAUUUUCAUUCACCACUUCACCAUUGUAUUAAUAUAACAAAAUAAAAAACAGUUGAGUUAUUA